UACAAACCAUUUGGACGAUAAUUUCAGUGGCUCAUUCGAUUCCUAGUUUCCUCCACCACCAAGGAACAAUCCAUCCUCCAUCCAACGAUGGAGAGGGAAAACCAAGCCACCGAAAACAUCCAGCUUCCUGCUGGAUUCCGUUUUCACCCAUCCGACGAAGAACUCAUCGUUCAUUAUCUGAAAAACAAAGUCACUUCAUGUCCUCUACCGGCAACCAUCAUCACUGAACUGGAUCUGUAUAAGUACAACCCGUGGGAGCUACCACCAAAAGCCUCCUUCGGGGAAGAAGAGUGGUAUUUUUUCACCCCAAGGGAUCGGAAGUACCCGAAUGGAAGCAGGCCUAAUAGAGCAGCUGGUUUGGGUUACUGGAAGGCCACGGGAACUGAUAAGCAUAUUUUUAGUUCUUGUGGAACAAAAAGCAUUGGGGUUAAAAAAGCACUUGUGUUCUACACAGGACACCCUCCGAAAGGUGUUAAGACGGAGUGGAUCAUGAACGAGUACAGAUUGCUUGACACAACCAUGUGGACUUCAAAGCAAAAAGGGUCGAUGAGGUUGGAUGAUUGGGUGUUAUGUCGGGUUCGACAAAAAUGCAACAACACCAGGAGCAUUUGGGAAGAUCAAAACAGCCCUCCUAGCUAUAAACUAGGUGCCUACACUAAGCAAGUGGAUGAUCCCUGCUCGAAUGAUACAAACCCUAGCAUCGAAAUGGUCCGGAACUAUCUGUACAAAGAUUGUCCAAUGCUACCCUACAUUUUUGCCUCUCCCGAACUUCCUUACGCUAAAAACUUUCAGGGAACUGGAAACACGAAAUCUUGCAGUACUUCCCUUCACGAGAACAAUUCAAACAAAACCAAUGAGCUGCUUUUAGUUUCUUCCCGUGAUGAUUUGAUUAACCCUUUGAAGAGAAAACCUACAGAAGGAAAUGGGUACAAGAGUUUUGUCACACCAAGCAAGAGGAUAUGUAGCAGAGAUUACAAGGAGGAGGAAGUUAAUUCCUCGACCAGCCGGGACUGUCGAGCGAUGAACUUGUGGGGUGUAGACCAGUCUGGCUCAGCUGAUAAUAAUUUGAAUGCAGACCAAUGGAGUUCCAUGAUCCAGUAUCAAGAACUUAGCCAAUUAAUUGGCUUUCAGGUGUAAGUGAGUGGCUAGCUACAAGCAGUGAUGAGAAGUGCGUAUGUGGAUGUAUAUAUCCAUUAUUCCGGAGAUAAAGGUACGUAUUCGAGAUCCCAAACAGAGAUGACUACGACAAAGAGAAACUUACGUGCAAACAAGGCUCUCUGCGACGGUGAUUUUUAUGUAAAUUAGUGUGUAUAGUUAAAUUUGUUAUACGUAGGGAUGAACAAAGCAUGUAAAUGAGUUCGGUGUUGCGAGUUGUAAUUAGCUACAUCAUUUUAAGAUCCCAUAUAGAGACAGAAACUUCUGUGCCAAUGGGACUCUACGAUGGUGAUUUUUAUGUAAAAUAGCGUGUAUUGUUGAAUUUGUUAUACAUUGGGGCGAAUAAAGC